GGCGGCUCCCUGUGGGUUUCUUGGCAGACUUCCGGUCCUGCGCUCUGGGUGGCGGCGGCGGCGGCGGCGAGUGGAGUGCCGCUGCAUAGGAACGGAAGAAAGGAGCGCGAGGCGGGGCCAACGGGCGUGAGGACGAGCGGAGGCGCCUGCCCCGUCGUGCCGGCGAUGCCCCCCCUGCCGCCCGGCCGCUCGGGGCGUUGCUGAGCCCGUGGGAGGGGCGGCAUGGCCUCGCCUGGCGGGAGCAUCGUCGUCCUGGACGAAGAGGAGGAGGAGGGGGACGCCGGGGGGUGCCCGCCUCUUCCUCCGCCGCCGCCGCCGCCGCCGCCGCCGGGACAGGCCCCCGGGCGGACCCCCCACGCCGCCGCCAACGCCCCCGCCGACGCCGCGCCGGGCAAGGACCCCGAGAGCCUGCGCGCCGAGAACCAGCGCCUCUUCCAGCAGUUCGUUGACUUCUGCUCCCAGUACACCACGGAGCACCCGGAGGUGAUGCCCUACCUGGCCAGCCGGCACCAGAAGACCAGCCCCCAGUUCCUGGCCUCGGUGGAGUUCUGCAACGUGCUGGGGCGCUGCCUGACGCGCGUGCAGGCCAAGCGCAGCAAGGUCUACGUGUACAUCAACGAGCUCUGCACGGUCUUCAAGGCCCAUUCCCAGAAGAGGAAGCUGGUGGUGACUUCUUCCACUGCCGCUGAGGCCUCUGCUGCACCCGCGGAGCCCCCAGCCGAGCCCCCCAAGCCCCGGGGGAGCUCCAAGCGGCAGAUCCGGUACCUGGAAAACUUGCUGCAGGUCUACGCCGUAGAGAUCCGGCGGCUACAAGAGCAGGAGCUGGACUUGGAGGACCUGGACCGCGAGGACUCGGCCUACCUGCAGGAGAACCGCUUGAAGCGGCGCAUGAUGCGCAUCUUUGAGCGCCUGUGCGAGCUCAAGGACUGCAACAGCCUGACAGGGCGUGUCAUCGAGCAGCGCAUCCCCUACCGAGGGACUCGCUACCCGGAGGUCAACCGCCGCAUCGAGCGCCUCAUCAACCAUCCCGAGGCCUUCCCGGACUACAGCGACAUCCUGAAGGUGGUCCAGAAAGCCAGCAGCCGCCACAGCCUGGGCCUGCCCAAGCGCCAGAUGGAGAGCAUGGCGGCCGACGCCUUCCGGGAGGUGGGCAAUCGCCUGCAGGAGCGGCGGCACCUGGACCUGGUCUACAACUUUGGCAGCCACCUCACGGACCAGUACCGGCCAGCCUCGGACCCUGCGUUGGUGGACGGGGAGCUGGCCCGGCGGCUGCGGCACAACCGGGAGGCGGGCCUCCAGCGUCUGGAGCAGGUGGUCUCCCACUACACGCAGCUGCAAGACCAGGGCGAGGAGGAGGAAUGGCGCCGGAAGCGGGGGCUGCCCCCCAGCAGUACUGCUGCCCGCCAGGACGGGGGGCCAGCCUCGCCCAGUUCUUCAGCAGCUGCCAGCAAAGAGGGCAGCCUUGGCCCCAGAGCGGCCGGAAAGGGGGCUUUGCAGGCCGACGAUGAAGAGGACGAGGAGGAGGAAGACGAGGAGUCCUCCUCCGAGUCAGACCUCGAGGCUGAAUUGGAGAAGAGUCUGGAGGGCAGCGAGGAAGAGGAGGAGGAGGCCCCGGCCCCAGAUGAGGAGGACCCCCCUGUGCUGGAAGUGGAGGCUGACCAGCGCCUGGACCCGGAGGCCCCGGAGGUGAUUCUGUACUCCUCGACUGAAGAGGAGGAGGAGGAAGAGGAGGAGGAGGAGGAGGAAGAAGCCGCAGGAGCAGAGAGAGAGGAGGAAGCCCAGCAGGGAGGGGAGCCCCCUGCCCCGCUCUUUGUGGCAGAGCCCAAGGAAGUGCUGGCCCUGGAAGGAAGCGAGACGCCCCCGCCCUCGCCCCCACCCUGGACCCAGGAGGGCAGCCUGCCCCUUUCCCCGCCCGUACGGAAGGGGCUGCCCCCCAUCAAGCGCAGCAGGGCCCUGCAAAACGGGGGCCUCUGCCCCCCAGCAGUCCUGACCUCCCUCCCAGAAGAGCCCCCAUGCAAGAGGGGCCGGCAGGAGCAGCCCCUCUCCAAGAGCAGCUGCAUCGAGGUGCCCAGCGCAGGGUCUUCCGAAGACGAGGGUGACGGCUGCUGCAGCCCCCCUGCCCCACACAGCCCACCCCCCGUGGCAGACUCCACCUGGGCUGACUCCCCGGGGCUGGCCAUGGUCACUAGUUCCCAGGAGAGCCCGGCUCUUAUUUGCAAGGCCAGUGUGGCAACGCAGUGUGACCCCGAGGAGAUCAUCAUCCUCUCGGACUCGGAGUGACCCCUGCCUGCCUGCCAGCGUGCCAUAGCAGACCCUCAAGGAAGGGGAGGGGGAGGCUCCAGGGGGGCCUGUGGCCAGCACCUGCCGAACCCUGAGGCAGAAUGGCGUCCUGGGAGGUGGGGGUCGUGCCUUUGGACUUGGGGGAGCUUGUGGGUGCAUGAGCUGUCGUGGGGAAGGGCGGUGGUGGGGGUGGGGGGUGGCUGGGCUGGGCAUUCAGGCCCUCUGGUUGUGGGAGUUUGUUUUACAAAAAUGGGGGGAUGGGGAAAAAUAAAUAUUUUUCUGUAUUUA